CUAUAGUGGACUAUUUUGCUAAGUAUGGAAUUAGUUUAAAAAUUAAAGGUGAAUUCGAUAUGAUAGAUAGAGUUGAGUUUUUAUCGAAACAAUACUAUUCUAAAGAUGCUAUAAAAGAAUAUUUUGAGAUACUAAAGAUGCUUAAAAAUGUAGUGAUUUGUAGUGUAAGUGAUGAAAAAAAAACAUGGUUGGCAAAUAAAUUUUCAGAUUAUUUUAUUGAUAUUGAAAAUCUAUUAUCAUAUCAUAACAAAAAAUAUAAAAUAAUAGAUGAUCUAUAUUAUAAACAUUUACUUAAAAAUGUAUAUAAAUCUG